UCGCUUACAUUUUAAUGAAGUUGGUUCACAAGAAAUAAACCCAAUAGCUAUCACCCGUUACGUUAGCAUUGUUAAAAGCUACUGUCCGUUACUAUGAAGGCGAAGGAUAUUAAACGCACAAGGGUAUUAACGAAAGUAAAUCGCUUUUUAGCAGUGCAUUUUGCUCUCGAUUGAAAACGUAUUGAUUCGGACGGACAAUCGCCUUACACGAAUUAAAAACACCAUUCAUUCUCCCUUUUAAAAAUUAAACCUUGCAAACACAUAAGACAAACAGUAAACGAAACCCGACUGCCAUGUCAAAUUUCAUCUUUUUUUCUCUUUCGUGUGAUAUGUUGGCGUUUACUCAACGUAAGAACGAUUCUCCAUUUCAGGUCAUGAAAGGGAAAAGUGUGAGACCAUUUUUCAUCCAAGAUAUAAUUAUAAUGAUUCGAUGGACACCUAGGUUCGUCGGAACAAAAGGUUUAACAGCAUUUUCUGUCGUUUGCGAAUUACAAUUCCAUUAUCUGAAAAAAUAGUACUACGUUUUGUUUGCUAACCGAAAUAAUUGGCUUUUGCAUUCAAGCUCCUCCUCGCUAACAAACGCAAUCAGCGAAAUACGGAAAGUGGCGAAAAACAUUUUGGUGUGGGAUAGCCGGGUAAAUUUCCCCAAGAAAUACGCGCAGUUUGGCCGUAGUUUUGAUACAAUUUUGACGCUGCGAGAGUCACUGCCCCGAUGGGAAAUUUUAAUUGGGGGGUUCCACGUAAAUUAAACGUGAUUCCAGCCUUUGUUAAUGUUUGUUGUUUUUUGAUUUUUCCAUUGUUAAACUGUGUUUCUGACUCAACGUUGGCUCGGUGGAUGAUUGAUAGGUGCUGUACAUUAUAAAUUAAUUAACAUUGUUUGGUGCGUAACAAUAUAUCAGAUGAUCACACCCGCGCUUCGGGGAGAGAAGAAUAAGCUUGCAAACAACGUAACGGUCUUAGGCCAACGACGGACGGGCAGUCAGGCAGGCAGGUUCGCUAAGCGUGAAUGCGGUUAAACGGAUUCAACGAAACCGUUCUCAUCAGUAGCGCGUUUUUACCUGCCCGUUAAGCGUUCUGCGUCUUCGUUGACUGCCUGGUAAAUCAAGAGAAGUUUUGUGUUAGCGUGAAAUAAGUGGUUUCCGUGGUUUACAGAGGCUGAAUAUCCGUGGGGCCAGCGCAGCUUUCAAAAUGCCCAAAUCAUUUUUGGUGAAGAAAAAGAAACCUCGACGCGCCGAAGACGGUGAGGUUGUUGAACCCGUGGAAGCCGUUAGGAGCGAAGAUACCACCACAGAUGAAGAACUUUCUUUGCCAGGGGAAAUGGAGAUGGACGAGGAAGAAAAAGACAAAGAACACCGUAAGGAAAGUUUAUUGGACAAGGAAAUAGAGCAAGAAAUGGCAACUUCUGUUUGUAAGUUUGACGGUGAAAGAAAUUCAUUUGCGGUCCAACCAGUUGAAAAGAUAGACGCGAAACUGGAGCGAUCGAGCGGCUGUAACGAUAUUUAUUGGUGGAGUAGUAUAACCUCAAGAUACGAAUUACAAAACCUUCCUCCACCUCCGAAACUCAUCAGCUCUGUGCCGCGAAACGGCUUUUCAAAAGUGAAUCAUUCUCAUCCAACAGAGCACGAGCGUUCUGUCAUUUCUCUAAAUCAAAGACAUCAUUUUCCACUGACAGCGAACGGUUUUGGCGUCGUGAACUUCCACGAGCAUCGGGUCCCGUCCAUAGCCGAAUCAAUACCCGUUCGUGGAUCCUUGGAUGGGCUUCGAGAACUGUCGCUGAACCUUCGGCAUGUUUCGGAAGGCCGUCGUGAUUCCCCGUUGUGUCCGAGUAUUCCACAGCCGGUAUCCGCCCCGCAGUUUAAUGGCAGCCAUUUCUUUAUUCACAGUCACCCGUUUUUAACUUCUCACCAGCAGCAAGAAUGUCUAACAAAUCUGCAAAACAAGGACCAGGUGAGGAAGAGCAGCGAAAGCGAGGAGACGAAAUACAAAUGCGAAAUUUGCAACAGUUCGUUCACCCUUCAACGUCUCCUCAAUCGCCACAUGAAAACUCAUUCUUUCUAUAAGCGGUACCAUUGCCAGUUCUGUACCAAAGGUUUCAAUGAUACCUUUGACUUGAAGCGCCAUAUUAGGACGCACACAGGGAUAAAGCCGUUCAAAUGCAGCCGCUGUGAUAAAUCUUUCACGCAACGAUGUUCUCUCGAGGCGCAUCUAACACGCGUUCACGGCGUAGUACACAAGUUCGGCUUCCGCGAAAGACGCUCGAAGCUGUUCGUUUGCGAGGACUGCGGCGGCACGUUUACGGAAAAUUCCGAUUUUAUGAAGCAUCUCCACGAGUUUCACCCCGAGACUGAAAAAAUCAUGAGAGCAAGAAGAAACGGGGGAUUCGUUCCAAAAUUAAAGGGUGACUGUUAGUGAAGGUACGGUAACCAGAGAUAACAGGCAUCAGAAAGCACUUUUUUAGCCAUGGAUUACUUAUAUCAAAAGAUACAUUUUAACAACAGCAGUCUUAAUGAAAAAAAAAACAUAUGGUGCAAUUUCUUUCAUAUUCUCGUUAUUCUUCGAACGCCAGUGACCAAGGGUCUGUUUUACUCAUAACUCGUGGCUUUUCAGGAAAAGGGAAUUUCGUAGAUUUCAAAUUCACUAGAUCACAGCAAUCACAAAAAAAGAAUGAUUAUGCAGAAUCAUUGAGACUGCGAACUUCUUUGAUCUAAAUAUAAACGGCAAUCGUAUACACAACUUUGUUCAUUUACAUCAAUAUGAACGGCUCUUAAGAACAGAAAAAAAAAGCUUCGAUUUUAGGGCUUACCAGAUCACAGCAAUUUCAAAACAAUAAGGGUUUGAAACACCAGAAGACUGGAAAUUUAUUACAAAGGUGGAAUUAAAUUCGGGAAAAGUACAACACAAGGCUGAAAAACUGAAUUCAACUUAUCUUUUGAAGGUAUCGAUGAAAUUUUUUUCUCUCAAGAAACGUUUCUCUUCAGAAUUACACGUUCUCCCUAUGUGACAAUUUUUUAACAAAGCUUCACUGAAAUUACGUACGUUGGUUUGUGUCGUUCAUUUUUAAUGUAAAUAUGAUAAAUUCCAGCUUCGAAAUUUUCCCGUUACGCGUUCGCCCUCGUGUUUCGUUGAAUUGUAAUUUUCUGGUAAGUUGAGUCGAUAAGGACCUCUGCAAGUUGAGUUUUCCUAGCAUAGCUGUCUCUAAUAUUUUUAACUAACUCUGUGACCAUGUCCACCUUGGUAAUGAUAGAGGGAGUUGCUUAUCUGAUAACAUCCAGAUUAUCACUAAAAAUAUAAUACCUAGUUUUCUUUAGUCGAAAACAUUAAAAAGUUCUGCCUUCUAUCUAAGAAUUCUAAGAAUAUUCUAUCCCAGAAAUAUCAAUCGUAUUUAGGAGCUUUGUGCCAUGUUAUGGACGAUAUUUGUAUCUGAGAAACAGAUGUAUAAAUAUUAUUCUAGACUGAAAUACUACAUUAGUUACGCUUUUAUGAAUUCAUAAACAUUCGCUGCGUUCAUUUACUGCGCAAGCAGUUCUUGUAAUUAUUCAAAACGAGUUUUCCAUUCGUUUCUUCGCUUGUGAAAUGCGCUUCUACGUUGCAUAACAUGUCUUGUAAUCGAACCACUUACAUCGACAUAAAUUUUUAUUCGUGAAACAUAAAUUAGAAAAUGCAUUCAGUUGAAAGGGAUGCUAUAUUUUCAACAAUUUUCUCUAACGUUUUGUUCUACAUUUGUGAAUGCACCGAAAGCUUUCUACUUGGGCAGCCACUGAGUUGGCAACUCCCCAGCCUCUUUUAAAUAGGCUCUACAAGCUGACGCCCUCUAGGGUGAAGGGGAGGGUUUGUCGGAGAAAUGACAGUUUGGUGAUUUAUAUGAGUGGCAAACGCCCGUCUUUUUCUGACCAAGUCGAGGUUAGUGCACGUGUCACCUAGUGCAAGAGUGAAUGAACUAAAGAAAUCGCUGAUAAGGGAUGGCAAUUUAUUUCAGUCUUUCAAAAGCGAAGUGAGUUUCUCUAGCUUUGAUUGAAAAUCAAUCGUAGGGCAAAGACCAUCUGCCAUUCAGUGCAACGUACGAGCCUUAAAUACAAUAUUACUCAGAACUGAAAGGGGUUGUGUCAUCUCGUUGUCGUGGUAACGGUCUGGAAUCCUUCGAGCGACAGUUUUACAGCUGUACUCUUUCAAAUUUCGAAUUAUAACCGGUCGAUUAUAUCUCCUGGUUCGAAAAAAAAGAAUCUCAAACCCUCGCGCUUGGCAGUUUUGUGUGCGCCUUUUUUUAUUUUCGCAGCUUCACUGCCUUUGAAUUACUAAUUCGAGCGCCAGAAAACCGUCAGCGACGCAACUGAAGCAAUUCAUAGCAAUUAAUUUCAAAGAAUUACACAGCGGUCUGACACAAUUCCUUGAAGUUAUGAGACUCGCCCAGAAUAACAUCUUCUUUCAGCUACUGAAAAUAAAUCAUACAUUAGAGAGGCAAGCUAUAUCCAUGUUCUUUCCAAAAGACGCAACACAAAUAAUAAUAACAAUAAAAAUAAUAAACAUAAAAAUAUGGAGCUCAUUUCUGCCAA